AUGGGCGCAGCAGCAACAGCGAUAUCGGCUGUGGGAGAUCCUCUCCAAGGUCAAGCACGUCCAGGCCAAGCCUGCUGGCCGCCUUCGCGGGUGACUGCCUCAGCGGUGACGACGGCGGCCUCGUCGUCCCCGGAGGUCGUGGCACCCCUCAAGGCCGACCUCCACCACGUGAGUGAUCCAUCGAUCUCGUCUCUCCAACAGUUCGGUUCUCGCCGCUUCGAUUCCUUUGAUUCAACAAGAUACUGUGUACCACUUCGGUGUUCCGGAUGCACACACGAGUUCGACCUGGACAAGCCGUCGGUGCUGCCGGAGGUGGCAGAUUUCUUCAGUGGCCACGGAAUCGAGGACUUCACCUUCAGCAGGGGCAGGCUGUCAGAAUGGCGUUGCCGGGCAAAGCUAGUGGUACGCGGAACACCAGAGAAACCACUGAUUGUAGCACCAGUACCUUGCUGCUGUUGGGAACGGAAGGGAGUUGUUCCAUGGACUGAAUCUGGGGAGAAAAUCACCUUCGGCAUGUACACCAUCACCUUGGGCAAUCUUGUGGUGCUGAUGCUCGGCCUCAACAUGUCCUGGAGUGCCAUUAGAGCCGCCCUCACGCUCAUCUUCCUCGACUUCAAGGACGCUCGCCCCUGCCUCGAGAAGCUGUGGGUUAAUGUUGGUGGUUUUGUUCUACUUGGAUGCAUUGGUACCCAUCAUCGAGCGAACGGAUGCAACAGCGGCAAGAAGCUCAUGGCUGUGUGCAUCUAA